GAUUUAAUUUUAGACCAGGAUCACCUGUUCUUGUCAGUACCAACAUGGUUGUAGUAAAGCCUCAACAGUUUUAAAAUAAAUGUUGGGAGAAGAAAUCAUACAAGUGGGUAGUUUCAGAGCAGCAUUUUGUUAUGUAGCCAACUCUAAAUGUUCAUGCAGUCAACUAUGGACAAUCUACAGGAAAGUAAUGUAGUUUCCUCGGCCACGCCUUCUGUGAAAGACUUGGUGAAGGUUUUGUAUGGAGGAAAAAGGUUUGGUAAUCAUGUGGAUGAAGUUUGGCCUAACCUCUUCAUUGGCGACAUGUCAGUGGCCAAUGAUCGCUACAGUCUCUGGAAGCUGGGAAUCACUCAUGUUCUGAAUGUAGCUCAUGGGAGGAUGCACUGUCAGGGGAGUCAUGACUUCUACGGCUCCGCUGUGGAUUAUUAUGGAGUGCCUGCUGAUGACUCACCGUGCUUUGACCUCUCUCGCUAUUUCUUUCCCUCUGCUGAGUAUAUUCAAAGUGCACUUGACACGGCUGGUGCUCGGGUCUUUGUACACUGUGCAGUUGGAGUGAGCAGGUCUGCCUCCCUCGUCCUGGCCUACCUAAUGAUUCACCAUCAUUACACCCUACUAGAGGCCAUCAAUACGGUCAAAGAGCGCAGGUGGAUCUUCCCAAACAGAGGAUUCCUCAAACAGCUUUGUGCCUUGGAGAUGAAACUACGUAAGACAUCCUGAGUAAUCCUCUGCUCCUCAUAGAUUUUCUAACUUACAGAACCUCAAACGCCUGUUUUCCUCAGGAUAAAUGAAGGAUUCAGCAUCUGCCAGUGGAGGGAGAUACUGUGCUUUGACAGACUGUUUCAAGAAUGGUACUGAAUCAAAUGUAUUUUCCUUGACUCUGGUGCUGUGUUUGAUGUGAAUCAUGCUGCCUGUUCACAGGAUAUUGACCCUUAUAUUAAUAGUUAAUUAAUAAUCAGUAUAAUCAACUCGCCCUUAGGCAGAAUCCAUUUUAAGACUGAAUAUGACAAACAAAUACGCAUUUAACCUUUGUAUGUUGACUUUAAAACAGUGAAAGACUUUGGCCAUGUUUUCUUGUGUGAGCACAAAAACAAACCUGCUGUACAUUUAAUUUAAAACACCUUGGUUCCACUUCAACUCAAAACAUGAUACUUAACAUUCAAAUUAUUAAAUUUAAUUCAUUACA